AGCAACAUGGCGGCGUCCGUGAGGGACUAGUUUUGGGAAAAGGUAGUGCUUGGUGCCGCUCGCUUGGGGACAUUGACAAACUGGAGCUUUCCGCGACCACCCGAUUGAACGAAGCGUGUUUUGAUAGGUGCACUGCUUUAGUGAUCGGCCCUCCGUUUUCAUUCCCUAGUAGGAGCGGAGCCCUGAGCACUGAGCAGGAUGAGCAACAUCUACAUCCAGGAGCCUCCCACGAACGGGAAGGUUUUACUGAAAACUACAGCUGGAGAUAUUGACAUAGAGUUGUGGUCAAAAGAAGCUCCCAAAGCUUGCAGAAAUUUCAUUCAGCUUUGUUUGGAAGCAUAUUAUGACAACACCAUUUUUCAUAGAGUUGUACCUGGUUUCAUAGUCCAAGGGGGAGAUCCUACUGGCACAGGGACUGGUGGAGAGUCUAUAUAUGGAGCCCCAUUCAAGGAUGAAUUCCACUCACGGUUACGUUUUAAUCGCAGAGGGCUGGUGGCCAUGGCAAAUGCUGGUCCUCAUGAUAAUGGCAGCCAAUUUUUCUUUACACUGGGUCGAGCAGAUGAACUUAACAACAAGCACACCAUUUUUGGAAAGGUUACAGGGGAUACAGUGUAUAACAUGCUACGACUAACAGAAGUCGACAUUGAUGAGGAAGAAAGACCACGCAAUCCACAUAAAAUCAGAAGUUGUGAGGUUUUGUUUAAUCCUUUUGAUGACAUCAUUCCCAGAGAAAUAAAAAAGCCAAAAAAAGAGAAACCAGAGGAAGAAGUAAAGAAAUUGAAGCCCAAAGGCACAAAAAAUUUUAGUUUACUUUCAUUUGGAGAGGAAGCUGAAGAAGAAGAGGAGGAAGUAAAUCGAGUCAGUCAGAGCAUGAAGGGAAAAAGCAAAAGUAGUCAUGACUUGCUUAAGGAUGAUCCCCAUCUCAGUUCUGUGCCAGCUGUUGGAAGUGAAAAAGGUGAUACAGCAGGAGAUUCAGCUAAUGAUGGAGACUAUGAAGGUGCAGAGCAUGAUGAAUAUAUUGAUGGUGAUGAGAAGAACCUGAUGACGGAAAGGAUUGCAAAGAAGUUAAAAAAGGACACAGGCGCAAAUGCGAGGUCGGCUGGCGAGGGAGAGGUGAAGAAGUCGGUUAGUCGCAGUGAUGAGCUCCGAAAAGAAGCAAGGCAGUUAAAGCGGGAACUCUUAGCAGCAAAACAGAAAAAAGUAGAAAAUGCAGCAAAACAAGCAGAAAAAAAAAGUGAAGAAGAAGAAACCGCUCCUGAUGGUGCUGUUGCAGAAUACAGAAGAGAAAAGCAAAAGUAUGAAGCUCUGAGGAAGCAACAGGCAAAGAAGGGAACUUCCCGGGAAGACCAGACCCUGGCGCUGCUGAACCAGUUUAAAUCUAAACUCACUCAAGCAAUUGCUGAAACUCCUGAAAACGACAUUUCUGAAGCAGAAGUAGAAGAUGAUGAAGGAUGGAUGUCACAUGUACUUCAGUUUGAGGAUAAGACCAGAAAAGUGAAAGAUGCAAGCAUGCAAGACUCAGACACAUUUGAAAUCUAUGAUCCUCGGAAUCCAGUGACUAAGAGAAGACGAGAAGAAAGCAAAAAGCUGAUGAGAGAGAAAAAAGAAAGAAGAUAAAGUUACAGCCAUGGUAUCUAGCUAGAAAUGUGCCUGCAAUAAAUGGCCUUACAACAGCCAUUAUUUCCAACAGCAUCACUUAAGUAUUUUUGAAAAAUACUUAAAAAGAAGUAUUUUUGAACCUGUUGUCUGGUUUUGAAAAAAAUUAUCUCGUUAUAUGUAAAUUGUGGAAUGAUGUAAGCAAAUGCUUUUGGUUCAUGCUUUUUUCCCCCCUAAUUGACCUUUUCUAUUGCUAAAUCUGAAAUAAAAUAACUUUCCUACCA